GCGCACGAACUAACUUUGGAGAUCACACCAGGGAAUCUCUUUGCAGGAGUGAACAUGAAUGUUUGUUACUACAGUGUAUCUAGCGGGGAUUUGUGUGUGUUUCUUUAAAUAUUUGUCUCUCUCAGAAAUGAUUGACACCGAUUUUUUGUUGUUGUUGUGAGCUUUGCUUGGGGGCGUAUGGUGGGAGAGUGUCGCUGGCAACAGCUCACUCGUUAGGAAUGAUAAGCGAGGAGAGGGCGGAGCGGUGCAACCGAGACGGGGGGAGCUUCGGCGUGGCUGGCAAACGCCAUGUGCUAAAGUCGCCUCUCGCCAACUUUUCUUCACCAUCCUCCCCUCAAGGCUGGUUGCCGAAGCAAAAAAGAAAAGAAAAAGGCUGUUUGUGGAUGAGGUGGAGAGGGGAGAAAUCUGCACCACUGCUGGCUGUCAUACCAGAGAGAGAGAGGGAUCUCUAACCGCCUGCAAUAGCAGAGCCCAGCGAUGGACAACUCGAUAACUCUGUGGCAAUUCCUGCGGCAGCUCUUGGACGAGAACAAGAACGAUCUCAUCUGCUGGACGUCCAAGGAUGGGGAGUUCAAGCUACGUAACGCGGAGGAGGUGGCGCGACUGUGGGGCAUGCGCAAGAACAAAACCAACAUGAACUACGACAAGCUGAGUCGAGCUCUUAGAUACUACUACGAAAAGAACAUCAUCAAGAAAGUAAAUGGGCAGAAGUUUGUGUACAAGUUUGUGUCGUUGCCGGACAGCCUGGCGAUGGAGUCAGACAGGUACGAUGGUGGCGAGGGCGAGUGGGCGAUGGGCAAGGCCAGGGACAAGGGCCUGUCCUUGCAGCGGCAGCUGAAGGCCACCACCAGGAUCUCCUCGAGGAACGAGUACAUGCGCUCGGGACUCUACUCCACCUUCACCAUCCAGUCGCUGCAGAGUGGCAGCCAUCAGCCCAGGGAGGCCAACGACCACACCAACAACAUGGAGCAGGAGGCCAAAGUCCAUUCCCUUGGGCGUCUUGCCGAGGAGCCCGAGAUGAAUGAGCAAGAGGAGGAACCUCAGACUCGGGCUGACGACGACUCUCCUAUGGAGACCUCUGGCGACCUUUCCCACCAGGGAGAUCCCAAAGUGAAGACGGAGGAGGUGGAAGAAUUGGACUGCAUCAUUGUGGAUUCCAUCCCAGUUGUUGACGAUUUAUCUCGGCCACCGAGCCCUAGUCUGGACCAGGCGGAUAAGAGCGGCAACCUUCAGCCACCCAAACCCAAGAAGCCCAAGGACCUGGAGCUUCCAGCCACACUCCUCACGGCCCAGAAUAGUCCUCCUCCGGAUAAGACUAACCCUGGUCUUCUGAACACGGUGGUCUUCCCUGCCACAAGUGCGGUCACACCGACUCUGAUCACUCAACAUGUUCAGACUCCGAUAAUACUGACACCAAAUACCUUGCCGUCAGCCAUCCACUUCUGGAGCACUCUGAGUCCAAUAGCUCCAAUGAGUCCAGCGAAGCUCUCGUUUCAGUUUCCGUCAGCAGGGAACACCCAGAUCCACAUCCCCAUCGCCAGUAUGGAUGGACUAUCCACGCCCGUCCUCUCGUCGCUCGCCCUCCAGAAACCUUGAGUGGGUUUGGCUGAAUUUGAAGUUGAUGGAGCAGCCAUCACACCUGAUAUCCUCUCGUCAAGAAAGACCUGGAUCCGGAGGUUGACGCGGUGCCAGUGUGGACGGAAGAGACGGGAUCGGACCCUUUGCACAAACAUCUUCAGUUUGAGGACUGACGUGGAGGGCAGUCAAGGAGGGUUGUUGGAGCUCUGCGGUGGAGUGGGAAGCAAGGAUCUCCUCAACCUGAACUUCUGCGGAUUGAACGAUGCACCUGAACCCUUGCUGGUUCAGCCCAAGUUAAUUAAGGGGGAGGAGGGAGGGGAGUGGCCAACAUAUUGACACUGCCAAUAAUAUGCACAGAUAGGGCCAAUUAGAGUACGCAGUGUGGCUGUGACGCUUCACUGACAACUGAGGCUCAGCUGCAGUAAUCCUACGCUGAGGUGGAAGGUUGUGGGAUCAAUUAUGGGUCCUGCCCCAGUGAUCAGAGGAUGUAUAACACCCUCUGUUAGUGCAAGGCAGCGCCAUGCUGUUGGAAGUGCCGACCUCAAGGUUACUUGUUAACUUGAGCACCGCUUGCACGCCAAAGUGGAAGUGGGACAGACAGUCCUUCCUGUAGAAGCAAAGAACUGCAGAUGCUGGUUUAUACCAAAGAUAGACACAAAGUGCUGGAGUAACGUUUAGGCUUCAGAGAAACAAUGCGGAAACAGGCCCUUUGGCCCGCUAAGUCCACGCC